AUGUCCUUGCAGUCCGCUCUAGAGAAGCUCGCGUCUUAUCGCACAAAUAACACAAGAGACUCUCGGGAGGUAUUCCGGCAAGGCGUCUUUGUUCUAAAGUCAGGAAAAACGUCAAAUCUCGGCGACGACGGAUGGGCUUUCCUCGAGCAACUGACCCUGGCUUCGAUUGACGUAGGGCGAUUGGAUGUAGCCGAUCAAUGCCUGAAGCAAUUAGGCGAACGCUUCCCAGACUCGCCCCGAGUUGAUGUGCUUAAUGGUAUCAGGAUGGAGGCAACUGAAUCGCCAAGCACAGUUUUGAGCUACUAUGACGAGCUCAUGAAUAUGGAUCCUUCGAAUGCUGCUGUCUGGAAACGACGGAUAUCUGUUCUGAGGAGGAUUGGACGGGUUGAAAAGGCGGUGGAAGAGCUGAACGAAUUCUUGGAUACAUUUUACACAGAUGCUGAGGGUUGGUUGGAACUUGCAGAUAUUUUCGCGUCAUGCAACCAAUACAACUUUGCCUUACAAGCGCUGGCACAUGUCCUUCUUCUCACUCCCCAGAACCCCUUCGCCUUCCUGCAGUACGCAGAAACUGCCUACACCGCAGGAGACAUACCCCUUGCGCUCAAGAUGUUCCUUGUUGUUAUCGAUAUGAACGACCGUGAAGACGAAGAUACCAUCCCUCUCGGCAUAUCUGUCCGCGCAUGGUGGGGAAUCAAACUUUGUACCCGUCAACUCAUCGCUUCUACCUCCUCAUAUACUUCCCUAUCCAAUACAGCAGUACCGAAGAAUAUCAAGCUUAUUGACGAACUAGCGACAGAGAGGGUAUUGACUGCCUACAGCGGCGAACAAGGUGUUCAAACAAGAAGUUUGGUGUCGACUUGGAUGUCGGGAAGAUAG